GGUACGGCAGCAAAAUUGGUGGUAUUCGAUUUGCUGCCGUAACGACGGCAGCUCGCUAUUGGUUUGUGGCAGCUAAAAAGUCAGUCGCCGUGUGUUUGGUCUUAGCAGCCGUGGUUGUGAAAUCCCGCAAUGGUUUUGCGGCAGCUCCAGACGCCACAAAAUACUUGAAACUGUACUUGUUUCGCUCUGUCGCUACGUAAUCAUUGCAUUCAUUUGCAUGAUAAGGCAACGACCUUCAUUUAUGCUAACAGUUACCGCUGUAUUUAAAAUUCAAAAUGACAGGACUGUGGGAAGACAGAGAUAUUAGAUUUGAUGUUAGCAUGCAACAAAUGAAAAUGAGACCCGGUGAAGUUCUGAUUGAAAUAUUCCCAAGUGUUGAAGAUGCAAAAGGCAACAGUGGGGAGAGAGGAAAACUUCUUGUUACUAAUUUGAGAUUAAUCUGGCAUUCUGUUACUUUACCCCGAGUUAAUUUAUCCAUCGGAUACAAUUGUAUGCAAAAUGUGACUUCCCGAAAAACGUCAUCAAAACUUCGAGGCCCAACAGAAGCAUUGUUCAUUCCUGCUAAAAGUUCAACCAAAUAUGAAUUUGUUUUUACGACUGAUUCUAAUAACACAUCAAAGAUGUUAACAACAGUAAUAUCUAUAUAUAAAGCUUAUGAAACUUCAAAAUUAUAUAGAGAUUUAAAGCUGCGAGGAGCUUUGAUAGAAAAUAAGCAAUUAAGGAUGUUACCCGAGGAGCAAGUAUACAAUACUGUGAAUGGUGCGUGGAAUUUGUCAAGUGACCAAGGAAAUCUAGGAACCUUUUUCAUUACAAAUAUUCGAGUAGUUUGGGUUGCAAAUAUGAAUGAAAGUUUUAAUGUCAGCAUUCCAUAUCUUCAAAUUUCCAAUAUCAAGAUACGAGACUCAAAGUUUGGUUAUGCGAUGGUGAUCGAGACAUCGUGGCAAAGUGGGAACUACGUUCUCGGUUUUCGUAUCGAUCCACUUGAAAAAUUACAGCAAUCUGCAAAAGAAAUUCAGAGUUUGCAUAAAGUUUAUUCAGCAAGUCCAAUAUUCGGAGUCAGCUUUCAGAGAUCAGAGGAUCUUGGAGAUGAAAGUGAAGAAAUGUAUGCAACAAUACAACAGCCUGUCAUGGAAGAUGCAGAAAUAGAUACAACUAUCCAAUCAGAUGCUUGUGUAGCAUAUUAUGCUGAUGGUGUAACUGGUGAAGAAAAUCAUGAACCACCUGUAUUCUCUGAAGAACUUGGUCUUGCUAUUGAGCCUUUAAAACCUGGAUACACAAUAGAAAGCUUAUGGAAAGUUUUGUAAUCACUUAGUCAGAGUUGCUAAUGUUGAACGAAGUGUUCAGCCUAGUCGGUGGCUUAAAUUUUUUUGGUACAAGCCAAAUUGUGUUUGCUGAGUUUUGCUAUUAGUAUAUUAGAUUUUAAUCUAUAAAUAAUUUGAAACACCAUGUUCUAAGCCUUUUCUUUGAGAACAACUACUACUAGAUAUUUAACGCACUUCUCGCAACAAACUUGAUUGCUGAAUUAUGCAAUCUAUACAAAUGAAAUAGAAUAUUUUUGCAGACCAUUUUCGAAUUGUGCUGCUGAGUCCUAGUCCAUCUAUUGAUAAGGGAUUAUAGACAGGUAAUGAUUGGGCUUUUAGUGUUAAGGAAUCACAAGCUAAAUUUAGAACUACUUCUUCAAAUAUGUUUGCAUGUCGAAUAAGUAUAUUUUAAAAAAAAGGUCGUUUGCCUCUAUUGCACUUAUUUAUUGCACAUUUACAUAGGUGUUGUCUGUAACUGAAAAAAGAACUUAAUUUUUGUGUAGGUGUAAUAAAAAAUUUUGUGGGUGAUCUGAUGCAACUCGCAUUUCAGUGCUGUUAAAUGCUAUGAAAAAACGUUUGGUGUGAUUUCGUGGGGGAAUAUCUUUACCGCUUGUUACAGCUCAUUGUUCAUAAAUCUUUUAAAAUGUACAUUGUAUUACUCUAUCACAAACACACACUGUUUCCUUUAGUUCAAUUCAUAUACUUAGUGUCUACUUUAAUCGUGUACAUUGUUGAUAUAUAUUUUUAGAAUAAACUUCUGUCCGUAGCAACAAUUGUUUGAAA